GCUUCUACCAUCAUUCCAUCAAUCUGAACUUGAUUUUAGUUGUCAGUCGCGCUUGUGAUGAAAUUACACUCAGUAUGUUUUAAUGGAAAAUAUUGGUGACGUUUAGUUAACUCUGCUUUCUUUGUUACAAACAUAUGGCAGCUAUGGGAUUAGGAAUCAAGCCAUUUUGUUAUCUUUUAAUAAUAAUAGUUUUAAUAACACUUUCAUCUUCUUCAACAUUGUAUAGUGCAGAAGAUCCGCUAUGGGAAUUAAAUUCUUCUAAUUUUGAAAGUUUAGUGUAUGGAAAAGACCAUGCAUGGAUUAUACAAUUUUAUAACAGCUGGUGUGGUCAUUGUAUUCGCUUUUCUUUCUUUUGGAAAUUGUUUGCUAAGGAUACAAAAAUGUGGCGAAAAGUCAUUGAUGUUGGUGUAAUUAACUGCAAUGAUGAGGAAAACCUGAAGCUGUGUCGUCAAUAUGAUGUAAAAGGAUUUCCUACAAUAAGAUUCUUUUGGCGAAACGUUGGUGAGAAAGAUAUGGGAAUUGACCUGGAAGGGCAUAGAAGAGAUAUUCCUUACAUUGAAAAUUCUACCCUCCAUUUCAUAGAAUCAAACUGGGAUAAAGGUGUUCCUUCUGAUUGGCCAGAUUUGUCUCCUCUAAAGUUGACAAGUUUAAAUGAAAUUGAAAAAUCAAGUAAUAUGAAAGUUGAAGGCACAUAUCUAUUUGUGGAAGAUGAGGAAUCCAUUGUUGGUCGUUUACUAACUAUGGAUUUUUCCUUUCAAACUGAAGUGAUAAUAAGAAGAGUUUUGACUAAUAAUACUGAGUUACUAAAUGAUUUGGGUCCCAACCUUUACAAUGGUUCUGUUCCUGUAAUAUAUAAAAUUAAUCCAUCUGGAAAAGCAGAAGUUUUUAUGAGGUUUUCAAAUGAUACAGGCUCUUUUGAGAUUAGAAAUCAAAUAUUCAAAGCUAUUGUAGGACAUCCUAGAUUUCCUGAAGUUGAGGUGGCGACAGCAGAACCUACAAACUCAACUGAGUCUGGGGCUAGUUCUGUAUAUAUGGUUGAUUUAGAAAAUGCUGUUUAUAAUUCUCUAAGACAGGAAGUGGGCAUGACGAAAGUUAUUGAUGGAGAAAAAUUUUCUGCUUUGAAAUCAUACCUCUUUAUGUUGAAAGUUUACUUCCCAGGAUCAGAACCAGUUAUAUCUUACUUAUCCAAAUUGUACAACUGGAUUUCAUAUAGAAAACGUUCAGUAACUGGUGAGGAAUUCGUUGACAUUAUGAAUCAAUAUCAGACUGAAACAGAAUAUUUACCAAAAAUGCGUGACUAUGUUGGCUGUAAAGGUAGUGAACUGAAAUACAGAGGCUAUCCAUGUUCAUUGUGGACGCUUUUUCAUACCAUUACCAUACAAGCAAAUAAUGAAUUUAAGAGAUCUCUUGGGUAUGAAGAAACUGCGGCUCAGGCUCUCUUUGCCAUUAGAGAUUAUGUUAAAUAUUUUUUCACUUGCCACGAAUGUGUCGAGAAUUUCUUAAAAAUGGCUAAAGACUUGGAGGCAAAGGUAAAAUCAUCUGAAAAUGCUGUUUUGUGGUUAUGGCAAGCACACAAUGAAGCUAAUAAUCGCUUGGCUGGGGAUGAGACUGAGGAUCCUAAACAUCCGAAGAUUCAGUUCCCUUCUAAAGAAGCUUGUCCACUUUGCAGAAAGACCGGGGAAACUUUCCGUGACAUCGUAUGGGAUCAAGAACAAGUUUUACAAUUUUUGAGCAAAAUUUAUGGAAAACAAAAUAUUAAGCAGGGAAGUGUGAAAGUGGUAGAUCUUGUACCUUCUGACCGAAGAAUAAACAAUUCUGCUAUGGGAUCAAAGCUUUUUCUGAGUCCAGUUUUGACUGCACUUCUGGUUUUGUUCUAUUGCAAAAAGCAUUUCUGAAGCUGGUUAAGAUCAAAUAUACAAAAGAAUCUCUAACUGACAGUGCUAUGUUUAAUUAUAGCAUUUAGGAUUAAGUUAGCAGAAAUGAAGUUGAUUUUUUUGUUAGCUUUACUUAAAGGUUUAAGAAAUAUGUAUGUUUAUAAUAUUUUUUUUUGUAAGUUGAUAGAUUUUGAUUAUUAGUUACAUAUACAGUCAAUUUCUGAUAACUGUAAGUUCAAUGACUCAAAUAUUCCCAUUACUAUAUAUUUGUAAAAAUGUUUUUUUUUCUUCACCUAUUUAUUCUUAAUAUUUCUUAAUUACUCCCUGUUUACUUCCUAUAACUAGAUUUUUUUAAAGCAAGAUUAUUUUUUUGCAAUUAUCUGUAAGCAUCAUUAUCUUUAAUGCACGAUUAUCUUUAUUGCAAUUAUCUUAAAGCAAGAUUAUCUUCAAUGCAAUCAUCUUUAAGCUUGAUUAUCUUUGAUGCAAUUAUCUUAAAGCAAGAUUAUCCUUAAUACAAUUAUCUUUAAGCAUGAUUAUCUUUAAUGCUAAUGGAAUGCAAAUUUCUUUUCAACCACCAACAAAGUAAAAUAUUUUUAACUCUUUUUCUUUCUUUCUUUAAUAGGAAAUAUUCUUAAUCCUCUUACCCAUUCUUCUCAAAUAAAUCAAACAUUAAGGAAUCUCUUGAACUUCUUCAGAAAUUCAUAAAAAGAGAGAGUUUAUGCUUCUUAAUUUUUGUUUCUACAAAAAUUUUGAUUUGGACAGAAAGUGUAAGUUCAAAAAAUUUUGAGAUGGACUGAAAGUAUAAGUUCUGCGUUUUUUCGCCACACUUUUUGUCACAUCUUCUGUGAGUAUUUUAAUGAUCAAAACAUUUUCAUUGUUUAUUUUGAUGGAAUUGAAUAAAGUGUGAGAUACCAUUACAGCAAAUCUCCAAAAGCAUGUACAGCUACGCUUUUCAUUGUUAAAUAAUAUAUUUUACUAGCUAUGAAGAUAGUGUGAGCGAAACUGGAACUUUUCGAAUUUGUAAAAUUGGCAGGAGUUGGUAUUCUAUUCGAUGAAUGUUUAGUUAUCUAGCUUUAAACUUUGUUUAUUCUUUAGUUAACAAAUUCUUUAUCAAACCAAUAAUCUAUAUAUUAAUUGUAAUUUCCAAUUUAUUAUGCAAUAAAAAGCAAAAAAAAAAAAGUAAACUAAUGGUAAGUGGAAUUUUAAGUCCAAGUUAUUCUCCAGUCCUCUCAUCUUUGAGUUAUUGAGAAUCGAUUGUAUUUUAACUAUAAUCAGUAUAAUUUAGUUAUAUAUACUUUAAUUUGCUUAUAUUUUCCAGUAAAUCAAGGGAUAGAAUUUAAUUAAUACAUAAUUUUCUCUUUCAAUUUUUCAAUCAAACUUUUUUUUUUACUUUUGUUCACUUGUUACAAAAUCUGAGGAAGAAAAUCAUAUUAAAUCAAAUUAAACAAUUAUAAGAAAAACAUUCCCAAUAGCAGGAUUUUGGUAAUGCAGUCACGUUCCGUGUAAGCCGUCUUUACUUCCUAGACAAACUGCUACCCAUCUAUCUGAAGCUAGUCUGCCUUCAAGUGACCACUGAUCAAGUCCCAGACCUUCAAAAUAUUAGCUCAGAGCCUUUAACUACUGAGCCACCACAACUCAAUUUAAUGAUUAUAUUAAUAAAUAUACUUUGACACUUAAAAUGUUUAAGUUUCAUUAUAGUUAAUUUUUCCCAAAUUAUAUUUAGUCAUUAUAUUGAACUGUAACUGUAAGCAUAUUUAUUAAAUUUAGGAAAUGAUCUUAAUUUUUUUUGUUAAGCAUUUUCUAUUUUGAUUUUUAAUCAUAUUUUUAUAUCAGUAAAUAUUUUACUAUUUGUAAUAGUGUCUUGUUAACCUUUUUAGUGUUUGGAUUGACAUUUUCCAUAUUUAAUCUAAAUAUUUUGCAUGAAAAACUGUAAUAACUACCUUUGAAUUAAACAGUUUUAUUAUUAAUUGAAACAUAGUAGAAAGAAAGAAAAGUUUUUACAACCUUGUGCAAACACUUAAUGUUCACACUGUUUAAUAACUUAACAUAUAAUGAUAUAUUUUACCUGUUUCUUUCAAAUUGAUUUUUCAAAACUAUUUUUGAAUGAUAUUCUGUUCAAUAAUUGAAAUUUUGUUUUCAAAACCUAAAUUCUUUGUUUUCAUUUAUUUCAUAUUUAUAAUUUUUUCUAUUCUUUAACCCACUAGGCACUAAAGUUCUCAUUGUUAUGGUUACAACUACUCUUUACUUUUUCCAGCUUCCUUUUCAUUGAUUCAUUUAAAUUUUAUUAAUACAUUAAAUAUAAUCUUUGAUUGACUUAUAUAAAUUUUUAUGAAAAUGAAAAAAAUGUUUAUUAAUUAUUCAAAUUUUAAAAUGAAAAUGGACAUAAUGAGAAAAAUGAGACUUUUUUUUCUAUUAUCUUUUUUUGAGUACAAUCCUUAAAAAUAUUACUUUGCUAUAACUGUGGAAAAUAUUUGGAAAUCAAUGUCUAUCAAAAACUGAUUCAAAAAUUUAUUACAAUUUAACGACUACCUUGUUUGUCGGUCCCAAUGUGAGAGCUUUCAUGGAUAGUAUGGUUUUUAUCACUUACUCUUCCUUUCAACACAUUUGCAUUGAAAGUGAAUGCAAUAGAAUUACUCAGUUAUCUGAUAGUUCUGACUAUCAGCUAUGGUUGCUCUGAAUUGCAAAGUAGGAGUUCUUUUUGCACAUUUGGUGUAGGUAGUCUUCUUAAAAAUGUAACUAUUUUAUAAUCGGCGUUGAACAACCUACUCAAUUCUAAGCUUACGUCUAUCAAUGUUCCUUAGCUUUGUAAUUUUGAACCCAGGAAAGACUCCUGGAUCAAGCAUUGGAACAGACGAGCUUUCGUGGAGGAUUUUAUGAUGGAACUAACCCGCAUUUGCUCUAUAUGGAGAGGAAAACCACUUAAACCUUCCAUGUUUAACACAACGACAAAAGGAUUAUAACCCAUUAUCCAUUUACCACUGAGUAUAUUUUACCUCAUUACUGUGGUUAGUGCAAGCCGGGAGCAGAAUUUGUAUCAACCAGUCACCACUGGGAUUCGAACUUGGAAAGCCUCAUUGGGAGGGCGACGCUGUAUCCCCUGAGCCACCGCAGCUCAAAUAUAACCUACGAUCAUUUUUUUUUUGUUUUAAAAUAUGACCUGUCAUGAAAUGUACUUUCACAGUUCAAUAGUUCGUUACUCUAAAAUGCAUGCUUUAUGCUUUAAAAAGCCCUGGAAUAUAUGGAAUCUUCAGACCAUUAUGAGCUUUCUAACGAUUUGGACAUUGUUUUCUCAUCAAAUCAAUCCUGUCAAACAGGAAAACUUAAAACCCACAGUCUGACAAAAGAAAAUAAUAAUGUGAGAUCUGAUGGAAUAGACCAUUUUGUCGGAAGUAGGUAUCAACAAUUUAGAUACAAA